UAUUUACCCUGUCUCCAAACCCUUAACGUUAAUAAUUUACCAAACACUAGCUGCGUAGUCUGCUAAUUCUAACUAAUUGUUUUUAUCGACGUGGCUGAAUCCUCAGGAUGUCUUGCAUAUAAGGUGUUCUUACAAGCCAAUAGUCCGAGGUAAUAAUUCAUAUUCAGCCAGGGAUCGGACAAAAAUUUCAAGAAUUUCUUUCGAACACAUAAACUAGGAUAUGAGUUCGGAUCCCCGUAAUUUCUGGCAUAUCCAAGAUACUGCAUCGAACCUCAUUGAGAAAUGACGAAGAUAUGCGAUAGAUCACUGAAAAUGACUUGGUUUUAUCUACUAUAUGACCAAUAUCAGUCAGGUGUGUCAAGAGAUAGCUGGGUAUUGUUUUCGUCUGGCCUUUUCAUUUAAUUCAUCACUUAUUUUGUAAGCAACAACAAUUACUUUCAGUUGCUCCAACCGAUUGGUUUAUCUGAAUAUACGAUGAUCAGUCAGCUUUGUUAACAAUGUUAAAAAUAGCAUAAACAUUUAUUUGUUCAUUCAUCCUCAUUUUAUUCAUACAGUGACAUGUUUGAUUCAUAUUAUCUAAUAAAUGAUCAAAUUUCACCAAAUUCAUAAUCAGAAACGAUAUAUGGUCAAUGAAUUUUUCUCUCAUCAGAUCUACAUAUAGAGAUAUACAACUGUAUGUUGACAAAAUUUCCUCUACUUAUCAUACCAGGUGGUUUGAACAAACCAGAUCCCAAAGGAGGAAGAGAUCUGGAAGAAGCUCUGGAAGUGGAUAGAACACACAUUGAAGAAAGCACCCGACUGCGCCACAAGGCAAGCCCUCAUAUGGAAUCCUCAAGGCCAAAGGAAAAGAGGAUCACCAAAGAACACAUUACACCAAGAAAUGAGAAAAAUGAUGACAAACAUGCGAAGAAUGAACAACAAUCGGAUAGAAUUAAUAAUAAGGUCCAGGACGGAGUGGAUUGGAGAAUGAUGGUCGGCGGCCUAUGCUCCACUGGGAGUAACAGGCGUAAGUAAUCAUACCAGAUGUCUCAUAAGCACUAUAACAAGUUCCACUUUCAGCAUUUUUAACAUGAUUAGAAAGUUUAUUUUAACAUACAGUUAACCGGAG